CGGCUAUAUAAGGCGCUUUCCGGCCUUUUGCGGCCCUUUUUCCGCCGCCGCGCUCCUCGCUGCGCCGCGCCUCGCAGCGCCAUGGGGUUCGGGGAUCUGAGGAGCGCUGCCGGCCUCCAGGUGCUCAACGAUUACCUGGCGGACCGGAGCUACAUCGAGGGGUUCGUGCCGUCGCAGGCGGACGUGGCCGUGUUCGAGGCGGUCUCCGGGCCGCCCCCCGCCGACCUGUGCCAUGCGCUGCGCUGGUACAACCACAUCAAGUCGUACGAGAAGGAGAAGGCCAGUCUGCCAGGAGUGAAGAAAGCUUUGGGCAAGUAUGGUCCUGCGGAUGUGGAAGACACCACAGGAAGUGGAGCUACCGAUAGUAAAGACGACGAUGACAUAGAUCUCUUUGGGUCUGAUGACGAGGAGGAAAGUGAAGAAGCGAAGAGGCUAAGAGAAGAACGCCUUGCACAGUAUGAGUCAAAGAAAGCCAAGAAACCUGCACUUGUUGCCAAGUCUUCCAUCUUACUAGAUGUGAAACCUUGGGAUGACGAGACAGACAUGGCGAAGCUGGAGGAGUGCGUCAGAAGCAUUCAAGCAGACGGCUUGGUCUGGGGCUCCUCUAAACUAGUUCCAGUGGGGUAUGGAAUUAAAAAACUUCAAAUACAGUGUGUAGUUGAAGACGAUAAAGUUGGAACUGAUAUGCUGGAGGAGCGGAUCACUGCUUUUGAGGACUAUGUGCAGUCCAUGGAUGUGGCCGCUUUCAACAAGAUCUAAAACCCGUCGUGGAUCGUUGCUCUUAAAUAAAAGCUUGAAAGACAA